AUGUGCGAGAAGUCGAUGGAUGCAGGUCCCCCCGGGCCUCCAGGCAAACGCGGCAAGAAGGGCAAGAAAGGCGACCCCGGCGAACCAGGCCCCCCGGGGUUAAUGGGUGCACCAGGCAAGAACGGAUUUCCGGGGCCAAUCGGACUGGACGGGCCUAAAGGAGAUCCAGGUCGGCCGGGUGACAAAGGUCAAAAAGGCGAACUGGGCAGUCCUGGCUUCGACGUAUUUGCAGCAGUGAAGGGCCUGCAGGCAGCCGGCCACAACAUCUCCGCCCAGUCCAUCAUACAGCUUAAGGGUGAGCCGGGUGAGCCAGGGCCUCCCGGGCCGCCCGGCGCGGCUGGCGUGGCCGGCGCGGCGGGCGGCGAGGGACGCGCGGGCCCGCCGGGGGCGCCCGGCCCGCCGGGGCCCCAGGGCGCCCACGGCGACCCCGGCCCGCAGGGGCCGCCGGGCCCACAGGGCACCACGGGCCACAAGGGCGACAAAGGCGACAAGGGCGAGCGUGGCUACACCACGACGUUGAAGGGCGACGCAUUCCCCACCGGCAUCAUCGAAGGCCCCCCGGGACCCCCCGGCCCACCCGGCGCUGAGGGGGCGCGCGGGGAGCGCGGCGCGUCCGGCCCGCCCGGCCCCCAAGGCGAGCGCGGAGCGCGCGGCAAGCGCGGCAAGAGGGUACGCCUGCACCCACCACUACAGUCUACAUUC